CCUGGGAAUUUGGUUCAGAAGCGAAGGAAUCGGUAUUUGGUGCAUUAUGCAUCAUAAGCAAAACUAUCAAAAUGAAAGUACCCUCGUGAUAUCGUUUACGAAAAUCUGGUAAACUGCAUUUAUAACGUGGCUCGCUUCUCGAAGCACGACGCUAGUUCGACAUUUAACAUCAUGCUAUUGUUUUAACCGUAUCGAAAAAACGAAGCUGGAAGGGUGAUCAAAUUUUUGUUUAUUGCUUAUUAGCUGGGAAACUACCCAAAUUCUAUCGAGUUUCGAUCGAGUUUCUUAAUCGUACGUCAGAAAUCUUCACAUCCACCAUACAGGAUUUGAGAAGAUCAGGAGGCCUGGUGCGGGCACAUUCAAGAGCUGUGGUGGUUGGUGAAUGGUGUUGCAGAUAGACUCGGUGUGGGGUUGGGCGUCACCCCCGCUGCGCCUCCAACUAGGGGGGUCUAGGGGCGCCUCGGGAAGAGUGGCCGCGGGCGCCCCAUCCUCGCAGAGGAUGGGUGAAAUGGUCGUAGAACGCGCACCUUCCCCAGCCCGCCUUAGUCAUACAUCAGAAAAACAUCCUCGUGCUACACUCACGGAACUUAAUGUUCUUCGACGUCAUCGAGAACUGUGCGACGUUGUCCUCAAUGUCGGCUCUAGAAAGAUAUUUGCACAUCGUGUUAUUUUAUCGGCGUGUAGUCCGUACUUCCGAGCGAUGUUUACUGGGGAGCUGGCGGAAUCUCGACAAACUGAAGUUACAAUACGUGACAUAGAUGAAAUGGCAAUGGAACUAUUGAUAGACUUCUGUUAUACUUCUCAUAUUAUAGUCGAAGAAGCAAACGUUCAAACUCUCCUUCCAGCAGCGUGCCUUCUCCAGCUAGCAGAGAUUCAAGAUAUAUGUUGCGAGUUUCUCAAACGUCAACUAGAUCCAUCUAAUUGUCUAGGUAUACGAGCGUUUGCAGAUACUCAUUCUUGUCGUGAACUUUUACGGAUUGCAGACAAGUUCACUCAACAUAAUUUUCAAGAAGUAAUGGAAAGCGAAGAAUUUCUUUUACUACCUGUUGGCCAAUUAGUAGAUAUUAUUUCUUCGGAUGAAUUAAAUGUUCGAACGGAAGAACAGGUAUUUAGUGCAGUUAUGAAUUGGGUCAAAUACAACGUUACAGAAAGAAGACAGCAUUUGGCGCAAGUUCUUCAGCAUGUACGAUUACCCCUUCUUAGCCCAAAAUUUUUAGUUGGAACCGUAGGCUCUGAUCUUUUAGUUAGAUCUGAUGAUGCAUGUAGAGAUUUAGUAGAUGAAGCGAAAAAUUAUUUGCUGCUUCCUCAAGAAAGGCCGUUGAUGCAAGGACCUAGAACACGACCUAGAAAACCAACCAGACGCGGUGAAGUUCUAUUCGCUGUCGGAGGUUGGUGUUCUGGUGAUGCAAUCGCAAGCGUGGAAAGAUUUGAUCCUAAUACUGCGGAUUGGAAGAUGGUUGCACCAAUGAGUAAACGAAGAUGUGGUGUCGGAGUUGCUGUAUUAAACGAUUUGUUGUAUGCGGUAGGCGGUCACGAUGGACAAAGCUAUUUAAACAGCAUCGAACGAUACGAUCCACAAACAAAUCAGUGGUCUUGUGAUGUUGCACCUACCACGUCAUGUCGAACUAGUGUAGGAGUUGCUGUAUUAGAUGGUUUUCUUUACGCGGUAGGUGGUCAGGAUGGCGUCCAAUGUUUAAAUCAUGUUGAAAGAUAUGAUCCUAAGGAAAAUAAAUGGUCCAAAGUAUCACCAAUGACCACUAGAAGACUUGGAGUAGCUGUUGCUGUGUUAGGCGGUUAUUUAUAUGCCAUCGGCGGGUCUGAUGGUCAAUCGCCAUUAAAUACAGUAGAAAGAUAUGAUCCAAGACAAAAUAAAUGGUCUCAAGUUUCGCCUAUGUCUACAAGACGUAAGCAUUUAGGCUGUGCCGUAUUUAAUAAUCUAAUUUAUGCCGUUGGUGGACGAGAUGAUUGUAUGGAACUUUCGAGCGCAGAACGGUAUAAUCCUCAUACAAAUUCUUGGAGUCCAAUAGUUGCUAUGACAUCAAGAAGAAGUGGAGUAGGUUUAGCAGUAGUGAAUGGUUUACUGUAUGCAGUGGGUGGAUUUGAUGGAACUGCCUAUUUAAAAACAAUUGAAGUGUAUGAUUCGGAACAAAAUCAAUGGAAAUUGUGUGGUUGUAUGAAUUAUAGAAGACUCGGUGGAGGUGUGGGAGUAAUGCGGGCCCCCCAAACCGAGAAUUAUAUUUGGUAGCUCAGGCCCCCCUCUUCAGCUCAAAUGGCUGAAACUCCUUUAACUCCUCUUACACCAAUAACUCCUGUUACACCUGUAACUCCUCCCGCUCCUGUAUCGGUUCCUGUUGUUAUAACUAAUACUAGAAAACGCUACCGCCGAUCGAUGAGCAUUAUAUAAGUAAUAUAUAUCUACAAGACUUUGCCUUUCUAAAGAUAAAGUCGUUUUUAACAUAAAUUAUUAUAAUUUUUUCAUCAGCUUUGUUUAACUCAUAAUUCAUUUAAAAUUAAUCAUUUUUAUUCAAAUGUAAGCUAAUCGUACUAAAUAUGAAUGUAUAUUUUUCUCUAUAUGUAAAAAAUUUCUUAUAAUGUUUAUAUUAUUGCAAUUUCAUUGUGUUUCUUACAUAAGAUUUUGUAAGAUAUAUUCCUCUUAUAUAUUGUUUAUAUUUGUUUUAUAUAUAUAUAUAUAUAUAUAUAAAACUACCAAUUCCAGUUGCUCUAGAUUUAAGUAUUAUAAUUUCUUUUCUUUUUUAUGUAAUGUAACUGUAUAUGUUGUAAACAUUUAAGACAAAAGAAACAGAAAGGCAAAAUCUCUUUGAAACAUAUUCUUGGAUACAAUAUUCAUUACAAUGGAAUGCUUGCAGCUUCCAUAUAUUCAGUCAUUUAAAAAAAUAAAUUUUUAAAGUCUAUAUUGACAUCAAAACUUCGUUAUGGAGGACUGCUUGUGCAGCCAUUGAUAAAAACAAAAAUAAAGAGUUAAUCAAAAAAAUUGUUUUUGUCUCGAUAGUAUACUUUCUAUAUGUAUCGUAUUUUUAUCAAUAAGACUGAAAUGAAACCAAAA